AACAAACAAAAGCAGCAAAUGACGUUUUCACGCGCUUUUUACACGCACACAUGUUUGCCAUUUCGUGCCGACUCAUCGUAGUCGUCGUCAUCGUUUCGUAACAAACCAAAACCCCCAAUUCUCAUCAUCAAACCUCUUCAAUCACUCUGAUUCAACAUCCAUUAAUGGCCGAAUCAUCUAAACUCACCACAACUCUACUUACAGUCGCUCUAAUUUUACUAAUUUCCGGCGAUUAUCCUGCACGCGCCGGCGAUAUAGUUCACCGUGAUGAUAAAGCCCCUACUAGACCUGGAUGUGACAACAAUUUCGUUCUGGUAAAAGUUCAAACAUGGAUUAAUGAUCGAGAAGAAGCUGAAUUCGUAGGUGUUGGUGCGCGGUUUGGUCUCACUUUGGAAUCGAAGGAGAAGGAUGCUCAUAAAGACAGGAUUGCUCUUGCAGACCCUCCUGAUUGUUGUACAACACCUAAAAAUAAGCUUACGGGUGAAAUUAUCCUUGUGCAUCGAGGGAACUGUAGUUUUACAACCAAGGCAAAUGUCGCUGAGGCUGCUGGUGCUUCAGCAAUCCUUAUUAUUAAUAAUCGCACAGAACUAUUCAAGAUGGUGUGUGAAGCAGAUGAACCCGACGUUAAUAUUGGCAUCCCUGUAGUCAUGCUUCCACAAGAUGCCGGUGAAAGUUUGAAACAGUCUCUCCAGGAAAAAAUAAAUGUUUCUGUGCAGCUAUACUCUCCAAAACGCCCAUUGGUUGAUGUUGCUGAGGUGUUUUUAUGGCUUAUGGCUGUUGGUACCAUUCUGUGUGCGUCUUACUGGUCUGCUUGGAGUGCCAGAGAAGCAGCUAUUGAGCAGGACAAACUUUUAAAGGAUGCUUCUGAUGAAUAUCUGAGUACGGAGGCUUCUUACUCCAGUGGUGUCGUUGAGAUCACCACCACAUCAGCGAUUGUGUUUAUUGUGGUUGCAUCAUGUUUCUUAGUUUUGCUUUACAAAAAAAUGUCAUACGUGUUCAUCGAGGUUUUGGUUGUCCUAUUCGCCAUAGGUGGGGCCGAGGGUCUGCAAACGUGCUUGGUUGCUUUAUUAGCAUGUUUCAGAUCGUUUGAAAAUGUUGCAAAAUCAUUUAUCAAGGUCCCGUUUUUAGGAGGUGUGUCGUAUCUGACACUUGGGGUUUCUCCAUUUUGCGUGUUAUGUGCUGUUUUAUGGGCUGUUUACCGCCGGCACCACUUUGCUUGGAUCGGCCAAGAUAUACUUGGUGUUGCAUUGAUAAUCACAGUAAUCCAGAUAAUUCAAGUGCCUAAUCUUAAGGUGGGAACAGUUCUCCUGAGUUGUGCGUUCUUGUACGACAUUUUCUGGGUGUUUAUUUCCAAACGGAUGUUCCAUGAAAGUGUGAUGAUAAUGGUGGCACGUGGUGAUAAGAGCGGAGAAGACGGUAUUCCCAUGCUACUAAAAAUUCCAAGGAUGUUUGAUCCUUGGGGUGGCUACAGUAUCAUCGGUUUUGGUGAUAUAAUUUUACCAGGAUUAUUAGUAGCAUUUUCUCUAAGGUAUGAUUGGUUGUCCAACAAGAGCCUUCGAGAGGGAUAUUUCUUAUGGACAAUGAUUGCUUACGGAUUGGGUCUGCUUAUUACAUAUGUAGCUUUGAACUUGAUGGAUGGACAUGGUCAACCAGCGUUGCUUUACAUCGUUCCUUUUACAUUGGGUACGUUUAUAACGUUAGGAACAAAACGAGGCGACCUUAGACAUUUAUGGACAAAAGGCGAACCCGACAGGAUUUGCCCGCAUGUGCGGCUUCAAUCUUCUGAAGAGUAAAAUCUAGAACAACAACCUCACAACUUUACCUACGAGAAGUACAACUCACUAAUGCAUUACAUAUCUAUUUUCUUAACAAUAAACUACAAGUUUGCCCCCAAGUGUGAUUCGCAACUCAAGUUUACCCGAGCAAAACAGUCAAAUCUUGAGCGAUGGAUGCGUUGAGAAGCUGUACGUGUUGCUUUAAAAGUUGUAUAUCGUAAUAUAUUUGUUUGGUUAUGGCUUUACAAGACAUGUUUUACCUUUUGUAGUUAUUGCUUUUAUCCUAUUAACGUAAAUAGCAAAUCGUAGAGCAAUAAUGUAUUAGAAACCUGUACAAAUUUAUUGCAGUGAGUCGGGUAUUUGUUUAUGUAUCAUAUAUAUAUUGGGUUGAUCAAUUAUGAAAGCUCGGUUAUGGUU